AAAUGUACGGGAUGUCAGAACGCCUACAAGUGCAACUGUACAGGCAUCAAGGGGAGGCAAGGGGAAGAGGGUAUCCGAGGUAUGGCUGCUCCUCCAGGUGAACCCGGAGAUAUUGGUUACCCAGGACCUCCAGGACCAAAAGGAGAGAAAGGAGCAGACGGAGAGUACGGAAUUAUUGGAGAUAGAGGAUUUAGGGGCGAGACAGGGUAUCAGGGCAUGACGGGACUUGCUGGAAGAUCUGGUAUCCCAGGAGAAUCUGGGUAUCGAGGACCUCCAGGUCUAGACGGCUGUAAUGGAACUGAUGGUGCGCAUGGAGUUCAAGGUAUACCAGGACGACCAGGAAUCAGGGGUUUACCUGGUUCAGAAGGAUCUCAGGGACCCCAAGGAGAACCAGGUGAUGGUGGUGGGAACUCUCCUGGAACUAAAGGUGACAUAGGUGUUGGUGGAUAUGAUGGUCAACCUGGUAUAUCGGGGCUUCAAGGACCCAGAGGCCCUCCAGGAUAUAGAGGACCUCCAGGAAUCCCCGGUAUAGGUGGUGAAGCGGGACCUCGUGGCCCUCCAGGUUCUCCUGGAGAACCUCGCUAUGGACCGCCAGGAGAAUCAGGUGACCAAGGAGAGCAGGGACCAAAAGGAUUACCGGGACCAAGUGUUCCACCACCACAUGAAGGUCCGCCUGAUGAUUUUGCAGAACAAGGACCUCCUGGGGAGAAAGGAAUGAGAGGAGAACAAGGACAAAAAGGAUGGAAAGGUUACGUAGGAGAUAGAGGCACUCCGGGCCUACCAGGGAACAAAGGGCAACAAGGUUUUAAAGGAGAAGAAGGAGAAGAUGGACAAUACGGAAAGCAAGGUCGUCCCGGACCUUCUGGGCCUAGCGGCGAGAAGGGCGAUAAAGGAGCGCCUGGCUAUGAAGGACGGGCAGGACUUGACGGAGAAAAAGGAUACCCUGGUGAACAUGGGUCAGCGGGAACCCCGGGAACUCAAGGAAAGGAAGGCCCACCUGGCGUUUAUGAUCCCACAUACGAUGAAGCCGGAAAAGAAGGAAAUGUAGGAAGGCAAGGUCCUGAUGGUCCCCUAGGUGAAAGAGGGAUAGCAGGAACUCCUGGCCGACCCGGCCAACCUGGGCCAAUAGGGCCUCCGGGUAUUCCCGGCCCACCUGGUCGAAAUGGUUUGCCAGGUUUGAAAGGAACGUCUGUAAAAGGAGAACGCGGAAGCGAUGGUUUGCCAGGCCGACAGGGAAAAACGGGUCCACCCGGACUUCCUGGAGCAUCUGGUCUCAUUGGAGAAAAAGGACUUAAUGGUGAAACCGUAAUCGGUCCACCUGGUUCAGCGGGUAUUCCUGGACUGCCAGGAUACAAUGGGCCGCCAGGUGAACGCGGGGAUACCGGCGAUUAUGGUCCCAAAGGAUUUGCAGGCAUCGGAAAACCUGUAAGGGGACCACCUGGAGAUGCCGGUCCUCAAGGUCGUCCAGGACUUCCCGGAGAGCCUGGCCAGCCAGGAUAUGAUGGCUUUCCAGGAUUAAAAGGAAGACGAGGAGACGAUUGUGGCGUUUGUCGACCAGGUUUACCUGGACAAAAGGGAGAAAUGGGUGACGCGGGAAGAAACGGUCGCCCGGGACCAAUUGGAUAUGAAGGAUUGCCCGGACCUCGAGGUCCAACUGGCCCAGACGGCAAACCUGGGCCUAUGGGCAAACCUGGAUUGGACGGUACUCCAGGCACUGAUGGCAUGCAAGGCUUACCUGGACAAGAUGGCCCGCCAGGACAAGUAGUUGGAUUGUCAUUAGUCAAUCUUACUGAAAAUGGAGACAAGGGCCAGAGGGGUUUUCCUGGCCCAAUGGGAUUUGAUGGCCUACCCGGCCCUCGAGGUCCUAUAGGGGAUUAUGGGUUACUUGGACCUAAAGGUAUCAUUGGAGAUUUUGGUGAACCCGGUUUGAAUGGGAGGGAUGGAGUACCGGGUGUUCCGGGAUAUCCAGGAGAGAAAGGAGAACCAACUAUGAUACCCAAAGAAUUUGUUCGAGGAGAUGGAGGACCUAAAGGAUUCAGAGGAAACAAAGGUGAACCAGGAAGACCAGGAGCACCAGGACUACCUGGAAUAAGCAUUGGAAUUGAAGAACACAUUAUUGGCGACAAAGGAGACAAUGGCGAACCAGGUUCAUCAGGCAAUAAAGGUCAAAGAGGUCCUAAAGGGCCCAAAGGUGCUGUGGGAUACCCAGGUCUACAAGGUUUGCCUGGUGCACAAGGAACAAGCCUACAGGGCCCCGGAGGCGUAAAGGGAUACCCCGGAAUACCAGGAGAUCAAGGUCCUAGAGGACCUUUUGGCACACCAGGUAUACCUGGUAUUGACGGAAUUCCUGGAAGUAUAGGAAUUAAAGGAGAACGAGGAGACCAUGGACUUAAUAUACUAAAUGGUGUAAUUGGUCUACAUGGUUCAGCGGGCCCUAAAGGCGAACCCGGUAACUUUGGCCCUGAUGGAUAUCCGGGAUUAUCUGGUCGUCCGGGAAUUAAAGGGAUAAAAGGAGGCAAAGGGGCUCCUGGACACUCUGGUUUGCCGGGAUUGCCGGGAGCAAAAGGUCUAAGAGGAAUUUCGCUACCAGGACCACCUGGCAGAUCAGGUUCUCCUGGUCAACCAGGUUUUUCAGGACAAUUCGGAGACAUCGGUCUGAAAGGAGAAGACGGAGUACCGGGAUAUCCCGGAUUACAGGGCGCCAAGGGGGAACCAGGAUUGGAAGGGUUAAGAGGCCCGCCAGGCGAUGAAGGUCCUACUGGAUUUACCGGAUAUAAGGGACGAUCAGGUUUUCCAGGAGUUCCCGGUCCCAUUGGCGAGAGAGGUGACUUAGGUUUCCCAGGAAGACCUGGACCUCCGGGACCAAAAGGUCUCCUCGGACCAAUUGGCAGAAAAGGAAUAAGAGGAGACGCUGGUUUACGUGGAGCACCUGGAUUUGAAGGAGAACCCGGCUUACCUGGUUUUAGAGGCAAUCGCGGAUUGCCCGGUAUAGACGGAGAAAAGGGAGAUUCUGCUUUUAGUGGUGAAAUGGGCGAACAAGGUGAACCAGGCUUUAUCGGACCACCUGGAUUUGAUGGAAGACCCGGAUUGCCGGGCUUACCUGGACUGGUCGGUGAUGCAGGAGAGGAUAUUGUUGGACCUCCUGGCUUUAAAGGAGAGAUAGGCGAACCUGGAAGACCUGGCUUCCUUGGAUCACUAGGUAUAAAAGGAGAAAGAGGGGAUACAGGAUUCGAGGGCGUUCCCGGUGAACCAGGAGAAAGAGGUGUAAACGGUUAUCCUGGCACCGCCGGUGUAAAUGGUAUACCUGGACCAAAAGGAGAGAGAGGUGACAGUGGAAAUCCAGGUUUUGAUGGCAUCAAAGGAGAACAGGGUAUGGAAGGUGAACCUGGGCUUAUGGGAAGACCAGGUAUGCCAGGAGAAAUUGGAUACCCAGGCAUGAUAGGUAUUCCCGGCAAUAAAGGGCCAAAAGGAAAUCAAGGUUUGCCCGGCCAUGCACCUUUUGCUGUUACCGCUCCAAAGGGAGACGCUGGAGACUUGGGUAUGCACGGUUUAUCAGGAUUCAAAGGUGAACGUGGGGAUGACGGACCUCGAGGCUUACCAGGACCUAAGGGUGAAAGUGGUAUAUCAGGAUUCCCAGGUUUACAAGGAGAACCUGGAUAUCCAGGAUUAAAAGGUAUUCACGGAGAUAAUGGACCACCAGGACCUCGUGGUUUACCCGGUCAAAAUCCUGAGCCUGGAGAACCUGGACGGCCUGGAUUUGAUGAAUUACCAGGUCGACCUGGUAGACCUGGACAAAAAGGAGCACCUGGAGAAGUAGGUUUCGAUGGGCCACCUGGACGUGCUGGUAUCCCCGGAAUACAAAUGCUUGGAAUAAAAGGAGAAAAAGGAAAUGAUGGAUUCCCAGGUUAUCCAGGAACACCUGGUCCAGCAGGUAGACCAGGACGAGAUGGACGACCGGGGCGACCUGGACGUAAGGGUCUUCAAGGGGACUACGGAUAUGCUUCCAUAAGUUUCAAAGGAGUCAGAGGUGAUGUUGGUUUUAGAGGAGAAUCAGGCUACAAUGGUACAAAAGGCGAACGCGGUGAACCUGGACUAGACGGUUUACCUGGAGAAAUCGGACCAACUGGAGAGAAAGGUUUCCCUGGAGAUCGAGGCCUAUCUGGUAUUCCUGGAUUUGAUGGAAUUAAAGGAAUUAAAGGAGAUAUGGGAGACUGGGCUUUAGAUGCUUUGCCCGGACCACCUGGAGAUGACGGUUUACCAGGAUUCAACGGAGUCCCAGGUGCGAUAGGUUUACCAGGACUUAAAGGUUUACCCGGCGUUAGUGGACGAAAAGGAGAACGAGGAGAUACAGGGGAGCCGGGGCUUCCAGGAUUUAACGGACUCAAGGGAAUGCAAGGAGAUGUCGGUCUUAGAGGACGAAUUGGAUUGCAAGGUUUAAGAGGGCAAAAGGGAUACAAAGGUGAAGAUGCACCACAACCUGCAGGUCCCAAGAGUAGAGGUUUCUAUUUCACGAGACAUUCUCAAGCAGAAAUUGUUCCCAUUUGUCCUAAAGAUACCGUCAAACUAUGGGACGGUUACUCUUUAUUGCACAUUAUGGGUAAUGAAAAGUCGCAUGGACAAGACUUAGGUGCUCCAGGCAGUUGCUUGAGAAAAUUCAAUACGAUGCCAUUCUUAUUCUGUAAUCUGAACGACGUCUGCGAUUACGCGCAAAGUAACGAAUACAGUUAUUGGUUAUCUACCACCGAACCCAUGCCGAUGAUGAUGACCCCCAUAUACGCCAACGAAGUGCAAAGAUAUAUCUCGAGAUGCUCCGUGUGCGAAGCUCCAACUAGAAUCAUAGCGAUUCACAGCCAGACCACAACAAUUCCACAGUGUCCGAAUGGAUGGGAUGAACUGUGGGUCGGUUACAGUUUUCUGAUGCAUACCGACGCCGGUGCAGACGGAUCGGGGCAAUCGCUGGUUUCCCCAGGAUCAUGCCUGGAAGAAUUUCGACCGAAACCGUUUAUAGAAUGCCAUGGACAUGGAAGGUGCAACUACUUCACAACUUCAGUUUCAUACUGGUUGGCCACGAUUGAAGACUACGCUAUGUUCAGGAAGCCGAGACCAGAGACACUGAAGGCGGGAUAUUUAACCUCAAAAAUAAGCCGAUGCUCUGUGUGCAUAAGGAAAAGGUACAUUGCACCAGCACCAGUACCAGAAACUGUGACUCCGCCUCCGCAAUUCAGGCAGCCGCCAUCCAUAAACGAGAAUUUUAGAUCUGGUUAUCGGUCAAGGUACAAUUAUCCACCUACUGGUGUGCAGAAUCCUGACCCCAACCUGCAGUAUAGAACCUUCUCGAAGAACACAGAUGAUCGCAGAAGACAAAGACUACGGCAGUAUCGGAGAAGAAGGCCCCCGACCAACGUUAGUUGGACACCGAGUUAUUAAGUAAUACAUGAUUGUAAUUAUUUGUGUAUAGUUUAAUUUGUAUGAUACAUAAGUGUAUGUUUUCAAAUUUGCUGAAAUGACGAACUCUUGAAAGAACCAAGCGUGGCAUUAUCAUCACUUAAAUCUUUAUGUAGGUAACUAGUUCAGUCGCGCGACAUCAUCAAAUAGACUUUUAAUUUUGUUGAUAAAUUUUCAAAUUUAAACUCGUUAGAAAAAUUAUGUGUUAAUAUGUUCUCCUACACGUUUGAUGGUGUCGGAAGAUUAGGUUUUAAAAUAAUUGGUAACCCUAACCUUAUCGAUGUACUUUAUUGUGUUCAAAGGUUCUUAGCAUGUCUUCUUAUAAUAUAAAAGAGAAGAGCCUUCAUCUAGGAACUCUAUAAGCUUUCUUUUUACUGUAAAAAGUCUAUUAUAUUUUUAUACGAAAUGGUGCUAAUUUCUUAUAAGUUUUAGAUUUACAUUUAGCUUUACUCUUAAUGUAAUAAUUUAUGUGAUCCGAUUGGUGCCUUUUUUAAAUUAUAAUCACUGCCAGAUAAACGAUUCUAUACUGUAAACAUUUGCGAUAAAUAAAUAACUACUAAGUACAGUCAUUUUUCAAUGAAA